AACCCCUAACAAUAAAUUCCUGGACCAAAAGUUUAACCGUAACAUGAGUGAAGAAAAACAAUGGAUGCCAACAGUGAAACGCGCAUAGAAAGCACAUACAAAGCCAUACAAGACCAUAUAGAUAAAUUGACAGAGAAUCAAAACAAUAUAUUAUGUAAAUUCGAUGUGUUGACCAGUAACGUGGAUGAAUUGAGGAAGACUAUUGCGCAGUUUUCCGACAAAGUUGUGGCGUUAGAGGAAGUGGCAACCGAUAGGAGGAGGUUGAAGACUGAAAUUAGAGUGUUGAAGAACAGGAUCGACGAACUGUAUGCUAUAGUGAAGGAAGGUAAAGAGGAUGACUCGUGUCCAAGCGAUCCGCAAGAUGCGGAGUCUUGUCAUUCGGGGUUUUCCUCUUCAUCCAAGGUAACGAUGACGACCGGCUUGGAUCGUGACACAAUCCGAUCCGCGUACGAGGACGUCCGAUCCGACGGCACACCCACAGAAUGGGCGGUGUUCAAAUUCGACGGAGCCCGGAUCGUGUGCUCGGCGCGCGGCAGUGACUUCACAGAGUUCCGCACACAGUUCUCAGACGACGACCGCGCCUUCGGAUACCUAAGGUUACAAAUGGGCGACGAGAUGUCAAAACGCAAGAAGUUUAUGUUCGUGACGUGGGUGGGGCCCAACGUGUCGGUGAUCAACCGCGCCAAGAUGUCCACAGACAAGGCCAUCAUUAAGGACAUUAUAUCCAAUUUUGCGGUGGAAUUACAACUGGAGAGCCAAGCUGAAAUAGAUAUUGAUCAAUUCAAAGAUGCCCUUAAUAGGGCAGGUGGAGCGAACUAUGGGACGGGUAUCAGGGAUUUAUGAAUUGCACAAUAAAUUAUAUGUAAAAGUUUAUCUUACCGCAGACAUACGUUUCUUCAAUAAAAAAAAAAAAUCAAAACACUAUGGUAAGAUAAUUUUGAUCGAAUUAUGGCCAUCAUCGGGCCUCAAAAUUGAUUUUUUAUGGUAGACUUAAUAUUGAAUUUAUUUUAAACAUGUAAUUAGUCAUUUCACAACAAACUUAGUCUUUAUUUUUGUCAUAAUAAAAAUAUAUUUAUUUUUUUAAAAUUCGAUAUCGGGAAGUAUUUUUUGGAUAUAAUUAUAAUUGUAAGAGAACUCAUAAUAAUUUAUUUAGCAGCAUAUUGUGCAAUUACUUUGGUAUCGUAAUAUAAGAUUUUUGCCAAAAAUUUUAGCAAAUGUUGCCAUGUAGAAGGCGCGGAUAAGUGCAUUUAUUUUUCGUCAACAUGUAUUUUAUGACCAUGUCGAAAUUUUACAAUGUAUACAAAAUUUUGGAUUUUAUGGGCUUUUAUACAUUGAAUAGUGUUAUUACUCAGCAUUAUUAUUGGUAAAACAACUGAAAUACAAUUAACCAACAUA